GACUCAUCCAAUAUAUGGAGGUCCAUCCUCGGGUCGAUCUUAUUAGCCGGACAGUCAUGACAGCUUCUGGCGACAUGUUCCACUUCGGUCUCAUCUUCCUGAUUUUCUUCGCAAUUCUGGCCUGGUUGGCACAUUGGUCCUUUGGACCAGACAAGGCUAUGUUUUCCACGUUCCGCAUCAGCGCCAACACCUGCUUCCAGAUGUUGAUCGGCGAGUACCCGUUCGAGGAUGAGUGGACUGAAGGCUGGCUGCAGAAGAUCUGGUACAUUUUGUACACCUUCCUGCUAUUCUUGGUAUCCUUAAAUAUUCUGCUCGCCAUCAUCGUCGAGAGCUUUCUCAGGGUCAAGCAGGAGACGGAGGGCAGACUAGAGGUGAAAAGCCUGGUGAUGGACGUUUUUGCGCUGCCGGUCUUGUUUAGCUGGCAUCGUGAGCCGGAUUUGUCCGUCCUCUUCGUGAAAGGUCGCAGCUGUGCACCGUCCGGAGAUGGAAACAGCUGCAAGUUCAUCUGA